UAAUUUCGUAGUUAAAAGAAAAUAAAAAAGAAGAUGAGAAUAUGCCAUUGAUAUGUACCAGUCAGACAUUCUCAGAUGCCAAGUCGGUUGAGACAUUAUCAGCUCUCUUCAUAUUUUUAUUUUGCUUCACCUGCACGCUUCUCUCAUCUCUCUCCCUCCCUCUCUCAGGAUCGUGAAGCUGGUUUUGUGUCAUCAAGUUGUUGUUAGUUUGAAUUAAAUUUGAGAAGAGUGAAUUACUGGGAGAUUGUGUGAUGGGCUCGGAUAAGCAGACCACUGGUUUAUUAGAAACCCUUAGAAUGGAGAGGGUGAGGACUAUUUUGACGCAUACAUAUCCUUACCCGCACGAGCAUUCGCGGCACGCAAUCAUUGCUGUUGUUGUGGGUUGUUUGUUUUUCAUUUCUUCGGACAACAUGCACACUCUCAUAGAAAAAUUGGACAAUAAUAUUAAGUGGUGGUCUAUGUAUGCUUGCCUCCUUGGUUUCUUCUAUUUCUUCUCGUCGCCAUUUUUGGGGAAGACAAUCAAACCUAGCUAUUCAAAUUUCAGUCGGUGGUAUAUAGCUUGGAUUUUAGUUGCAACUCUGUAUCAUCUUCCUAGUUUUCAGUCGAUGGGAGUAGAUAUGAGGAUGAAUUUGUCAUUGUUUUUGACAAUAUCUGUAUCUUCAAUUUUGUUUCUCCUUGUCUUCCACAUUAUUUUUAUUGGCCUGUGGUAUAUUGGUCUCGUUUCUCGUGUUGCCGGAAGGAGGCCAGCGAUCUUGACUAUUCUCCAAAACUGCGCAGUUCUCAGUGUAGCCUGCUGUGUGUUUUAUAGCCACUGUGGUAACCUUGCCAAUUUGAGAGAUAGACGAUCUCAAAGAAAGUAUUCUAGUUGGUUUUCUUUUUGGAAGAAAGAAGAGAGAAGCACAUGGCUUGCAAAAUUCCUCCGAAUGAAUGAGUUAAAAGACCAGGUCUGCUCUUCUUGGUUUGCUCCAGUUGGGUCUGCUAGUGAUUAUCCACUUCUGUCCAAGUGGGUUAUUUAUGGGGAAUUAGGUUGCAAUGGAAGUGGAUGCGCUGGUUCAUCUGAUGAAAUUUCUCCCUUAUAUUCACUGUGGGCUACAUUCAUAGGUCUUUACAUUGCCAAUUAUGUAGUUGAAAGGUCAACAGGGUGGGCUCUUACUCACCCCUUGUCAGUGGAAGAGUAUGAGAAGUCAAAGAAGAAACAAAUGAAGCCUGAUUUUUUGGACAUGGUCCCUUGGUACUCUGGAACAUCUGCAGAUCUGUUCAAGACAGCCUUUGACCUCUUGGUAUCGGUAACUGUGUUUGUUGGCCGUUUUGACAUGCGUAUGAUGCAGGCAGCUAUGAACCGGGCUCAAGAUGGAGCACAGCAGGGUCUUUUGUAUGAUCAUUUUAAUGAUAAGGAUGAAUUAUGGUUUGACUUCAUGGCUGAUACUGGUGAUGGUGGGAACUCAUCUUAUACAGUUGCGAGACUUCUUGCUCAGCCUUCUAUUCAGGUCACUAGAGGUGAUUCUGUGCUUUCCCUACCGCGUGGAAACUUACUUCUUAUAGGAGGGGAUCUUGCAUAUCCUAAUCCGUCCUCCUUCACAUAUGAGAGACGCUUGUUUUGUCCUUUUGAAUAUGCUUUGCAGCCUCCGCCUUGGUAUAAACAAGAUCAUAUAGCUGUAAACAAGCCCGAGCUGCCUGAUGGAGUGGCUGAAUUGAAACAAUAUGAUGGACCUCAGUGCUUUCUCAUUCCUGGAAACCAUGACUGGUUUGAUGGACUUCAUACUUUCAUGAGGUACAUAUGUCACAAGAGCUGGUUGGGUGGGUGGUUUAUGCCCCAGAAGAAGAGUUAUUUUGCUCUGCAACUCCCUAAACGUUGGUGGGUGUUUGGUCUUGAUCUAGCACUCCACAAUGAUAUUGAUGUGUACCAGUUCAAAUUCUUUGCAGAACUGAUACAGGAGAAGGUUGCAGACAAUGACUCUGUGAUCCUUAUUACACACGAACCAAAUUGGCUUCUUGAUUGGUAUUGGAAUGAUGUUUCUGGAAAGAAUGUCUCACACUUGAUAUGUGAUUAUUUGAAAGGAAGGUGUAAAAUUCGAGUGGCUGGGGACUUGCAUCAUUAUAUGCGCCAUUCAUUUGUUCCAGCUGAUGGGCCAGUCCAUGUGCAACAUCUUCUUGUAAAUGGUUGUGGUGGUGCCUUUUUACAUCCCACCCAUGUCUUUUCCAAUUUCAAAAAAUUGUAUGGAACUUCAUAUGAAAACAAGGCUGCAUAUCCUUCAUUGGAAGAUUCAAGCAGGAUUGCUUUGGGUAAUAUUUUGAAGUUUCGAAAGAAGAACUGGCAAUUUGAUAUCAUUGGUGGCUUUAUAUACUUUGUGUUGAGUUUUUCUAUGUUUCCACAGUGUAAGCUCGACCACAUUUUGCAAGACAAUACAUUUUCCGGCCACUUGUGGAGUUUCUUUGGCACCGUGUGGAAUGUUUUUAUGCACGUGCUGGAACACUCUUAUGUAUCCAUGACUGGUGCUAUUCUGUUGCUAAUUUUGGCGAUUGCAUUUGUCCCACCCAAAGUUUCUCGAAAGAAACGGGCAGUUAUUGGAAUUCUCCAUGUUUCUUCCCACCUGGCAGCGGCUCUAAUUCUAAUGUUGCUUUUGGAACUGGGCAUUGAGACAUGUAUCAGGCAUAAACUGCUAGCAACUUCAGGCUAUCACACUUUAUAUGAAUGGUACCGAUAUGUGGAGAGUGAACACUUUCCAGAUCCUACUGGCCUCCGUUCUCGUAUUGAACAAUGGACCUUUGGCCUUUAUCCAGCAUGCAUCAAGUAUCUCAUGUCUGCCUUCGAUGUUCCUGAGGUCAUGGCUGUCUCGCGGAGUAAUAUUUGCAAAAAUGGGAUGGAGUCCCUGUCAAGAGGGGGAGCUAUCAUUUAUUAUGCUUCCGUGUUUAUCUACUUCUGGGUCUUCUCAACACCUGUUGUUUCUUUGGUUUUUGGAAGUUAUCUAUACAUCUGCAUUAACUGGCUUCACAUGCACUUUGAUGAAGCCUUUUCAUCUCUCCGAAUUGCAAACUACAAGGCAUUCACACGAUUCCACAUCAACAAAGAUGGUGAUCUUGAGGUUUUCACCCUUGCAGUUGACAAGGUCCCAAAGGAAUGGAAACUGGAUCCUCAUUGGGAUGCAGAGCCAAAGCAGCCACAACAACUGAGCCACCAUCGAAAGUUCCCUAGCAAAUGGAGUGCAGCUGUUGCUCAGCAAGAGCCACUGAAUACUGUUAAAAUCGUUGACCACUUUGUUGUUAGACAAACAGAGAAACCAGACUUUGGAACUAGUAGCGGAUCAGUAAUUCAUUGAUCUAUCUGCUCAAAUAUGUAGCGUUGCUGCAAUCUCAUCAUCUAGGAAGCAAUAGGAAAAAAAAAAGCAUUAGAAAUAGAAAAGACAGUUCUGGAAUUCUUCUCGGAUUUUAACUUCUUCCAAUCAACCUCAAGUUUCUGAUAACAAGGGUUGUGCCAGUUCUCCUAUUUGAUUUGAAUUUGGUACAACCCGUUUGUAUAUAUUGUUGAAGGAGGAGACAGAGAUGAUUAGGAAGCAAUCCAUAUGGAUUGGGAUGAUUGCAUCUUUCGGCUUCGAAUUAGAUGGAGCAGAAAUGUAAUUCAUGCCCUGCAAAUGGCAUGUUAAGACCACUGAUUCCUGUUGAUGAAUUAUGAAUAUAUGUAAUUGAUCUGCUCUUGUAUUGGCUUUCAUCCGGGUGAAUUCCUUGCUCCCCCUUGGUCAGUUGUAGAUUUGUUGUCGGACUUGUAUCAUACUUUAUUUCGAAAAACUAAUUCUAUGACACUGUUUUAGUUUCA